CUAAACGGAUUACAAAAAUAUAGGAAAAAAGAAGUUCUAGUGUUAUCAUAACUAACCAGUAAUCACCUAACAAACUAUUUAAGGAAAUUUAAACUAAGAUCGAAAGACCUAGUUAUUCAUCAAAAUUAGUAUUAGCUUACAAACAGAGAAAUAUUGCAUCGGAAUUGAUUAAGAUUGAUGUGCGAUGGGAAUGUUGAGUAAAGAAGAGAAGGAAAAAGCAGCAGUAGGGAUGGCAGCGACAAUGGUGGCGACAGUGAGAGGAAGUAAACAAAAGGGUAUUGCAAAGAGUUGGAUGGUAGUAUUUGAAACAGGUGAAUCACGUGUCGAGGAUAUCGACAAACACUCCAUCAUGCGACGAACAGGUUUACCUGCACGUGACCUUAGAGUCUUUGAUACAAAGCUUUCUCAGCCUUCUUCUAUCUUAGGACGAGAAAAAGCCAUUAUUGUUAACUUAGAACACAUUAGAGCGAUUAUCACUUCGAAUGAAGUGCUUAUGAUUAAUUCAAUUGACCCUUUCUUUAUUCGCUUUCUUCAAGAUCUUCAAAAGCGUGUUCUUCUUUCUAAUAAUAUUCAAGUGCCCAUGCGGGGGAGCGAUGACGUUGAUAGUCAUUGUGAAGUCAAACCUUUGUUGGAGGAGUUGUUGCCAUCGGUGCAGAGUCCUACUCAUUUUCCAAAUAAUGAAUCAAUUGGCGUAGCAGGUGUGUCGGCUCCUAAGCAGCUUCCGUUUGAGUUCAAAGCUCUUGAGUCUUGUAUUGAAUCUGCUUGUACCUGCCUUGAAUAUGAGACUCAAAGACUCGAAGAAGAGACUUACCCAGCUUUGGGUGAAUUGACCUCUCAAAUUAGUACUCUCAAUCUUGAACGUGUAAGGCAGAUCAAGACUCGUCUGGUUGCACUUUCUGGUCGUGUACAUAAGGUCGCAUAUCAAAUCGAAAAUUUGUUGGAUGAUGAUAAUGACAUGGCUGAAAUGUACUUGACACAAAAGCUUGAUGCUCAGUUAUCAGACCAAACAUCAGUAAAAGAAGCGUACAAUGAAGCAUUUGACGAAGAUAUAGACAAAAGUGAAAGAUCAUAUUCGGAUACAUACAAAUCCUAUGAUCAUAAGCCUGAUGUUGAAGAAUUGGAAAUGCUUUUAGAAGCAUAUUUUGCACAGAUAAAUGGAAUCUUGCAAAAAUUGUCCACUCUGAGUGAGUAUGUGGGUAAUACAAAGGACUACAUCAACAUAAUGUUGGAUGAUAAGCAAAAUCAGCUUCUACAAGCAUCAAUAAUACUCAACACAAUGAACUUCAUAGUCAAUUUGGGUAUUCUGGUUGUUGGAGUGUUUGGCAUGAAUAUUCAUAUUGAUCUCUAUCAAGGACAACCUAGUCAAUUUUGGGCCACAACUAGUGGCACAGUCUUAGGUUGCGUGUUAUUAUUCCUUGUUUCUAUUUGGUGGGGAAAAAGAUAUUUGCUCCCUCAAUAGAGAGAAUUAAAUCAUAGCAUAUGAUCAUUUAGACUAAAUACCAAUUCAUCCUGUAAUGAUUAGUGGGAGAUAAUUGUUGCAUUAUUUGCUUUUUGCUUUAACACGAACCUUGUUUAGUUAAGAUUUAAUACUUAGUUCUGU